AUGGACCGCAUAUUUCGAGGCAUAAUGAAGUAUAGACAGACGCACAGAGCGGAGAUGGUUGAACAAUUUGUCAAAGUGAAAAACCGACCGGAACCUAAAGCUUUAUUUUUCACUUGUAUGGAUAGCCGUAUGUUACCCGCCAGAUUUACUAAAAGCAACGUAGGUGACAUGUUCAUCGUCCGAAACGCUGGAAAUUUGAUUCCUCAUUCACAGCAUUUCCAAGACGAAUAUACUACAUGCGAACCUGCUGCCUUGGAACUAGGAUGUAUUCACAAUGAUGUAAGACACGUUAUCGUUUGCGGGCAUUCUGACUGCAAAGCAAUGAACUUGUUAUACCUACUCAAAGACACGGAAUAUGGCAGCAUCAUCAACCGUCGGAUGUCACCACUCCGAUCAUGGCUUUGCACACACGCAAUGUCGUCUUUAGAAAAAUACCAACAGCUAGAAGAGGCGGGCUUCGACACACCGCUCAUCUUUCAGGCCGAGACGCCUUUACGCAGAAUUAGCGCUUACAUUGAUCUGGGCGAUAAGUUUUCCGAAACAAAUAAAUUAUCACAGAUUAAUACCUUACAACAAAUUCAAAAUAUUGCCAGCUACGAUUUCCUUAAGAAGCGUCUAGAGACGUAUGACCUGCAUAUACACGCUCUUUGGUUUGACAUAUAUACCGGCGAUAUACACUAUUUUAGUAGACAGAGCAAACAAUUCGUAGAGAUAAAUGAAAAAAAUGUAGAUAGACUAGUGGAAGAAGUUUCUAAGUACUAUUGCUAA